GAAACGAAGGGAACUGCCUGGGUUCCAACGGCUAUGGCUAGCACCUUCAUACCAGGGCUGAACCCUCAGAACCCUCAUUAUGUCCCAGGGGUAACAGCAGAGGGGAAGGGUUGAAAACCCAGACAGAGAACUAAGAAACGCCUGCUCCAAAUAUAUACACAGCUGAGUCCAGAAGAGAUCAGAGGUCUCUGCUUCUGCCUCUGGGGAUGGUGAGGCCGGGGGAUUCUGGAGGUGAGUGGGUGAGACUUGUGCUACAGGUACACAGGACACUGCCCGCUACUUCGGUUCAGCAUGGGCCAGACCUAUGGGCAGAUGACUGGGCAGCUACUUCGCGGCUCUCCUGGCCUAGCCUGGCCCCCUGCCCACCGCACACUUCUGCCUCCCAUCCGGCCUCCAAGAUCUCCCGAGGGUCCCAGGAAAAGCCUGCCUGUCAGGCGUGGACACGAAAGGCUCAGCUCCAGCAUGAUCCCUGGGUACACAGGUUUUGUACCCCAGGCACAGUUCAUCUUUGCCAAGAACAGAAGCCAGGUCUGGGCGGAGGCUCUGAAUGAUUUCACUCAGUGGUAUGGGGGACAGAGGAGUCAGGAGCUGCCACAGGAGGCCAAGGGAGAAAAAGACGUGGAGAAAGACCAAGAGCCAAAGCUGGAGGCAGAGCUGGAGACGGAAAAGGAGCCAGAGCUGGGGCAGGAGGCGGAACAAAAGGCUUCCCCUUAUUCCAUGGAUGACAGAGAUCCUCACAAGUUCUUCAUGUCAGGACCUACCCUCAGAACCUGGGCCUUUUACCUAAAUAUGGGGGCUAUGUGCCAGGGUAUAAGUUCCAGUUUGGCCGCACAUAUGGGCAUCUCACCCAUGAUGCUCUGGGCCUCAGCACCAUCCAGAAGCAGCUCCUGGCGUAGGUACCUAGAAUUCAAGUUCUCUCUUUCCUUUUCAUCCUAUCCCAGCCAUCCUUUUGCAAAGAAGAAAGAUGGUCUGGAGGGUGGGAGAAGGCACAGAGAAUGGUUUGGAGGCCGAGCACCUUUUUUAUUAAUAGGUGUAAUAAAUAAAUAAAUAAAUACAUAAACAGAGCCUGGGCUCCUCCUCCCUCCUCUGACCACCAGGCACUGGCCACAGCCUACUUACAGCUGGGGGCUUAGGGAACUGGCCCCAAUACUGUCACCCAUCCUUCUCACCACCUGGCCUAGGGAACCCCGCAAACAGGCC